CAUAAGAGGGGGAUAAAAAAAAAAAGCUCUCCAACUCCAAACAGCUGAAGGAAACCAGAGAGUGAAAGCUGUCAUCUGAUCCUCAUGAAAGAGGACUUUAAACUCACCUCAACUUCUGGCAGUACGAACACAAACAAGUGCCUCAUAGAGUUUAUAAUACCAAGGCAUCGUUAAGCGCUGCUAAAAGCUUGCAGCAUCUGCUAACAGCAGCUAGGCUAGCUUAGCGAGCUAACCGGCAUACCGUCUUUACGGUCAGGUAGCCGGGUUAUGAGAGUUUUUUUCGCGGCGUUAAUGAUUGACGGAACAGAUGAUUGCACAGUGAACCAACACAGGCAACUGACACCUCGAGUAUCCGGUAGUUACGGAAAACAACGCUUGCAUCAAGCUAACGUUAACGGUUGUGUUAACAGCUAACGGGAGCUAGCAGGAACAUUAGGUAGCUCCGGGGUUUCAACGGUCAAGAGAUGGCCAGUAAUCCCGCCGAGGGCUGCCUGGCUAACGGGGAAAACAAACCUGGCCGAGGGUCCGGUUCUGGCUGCUCGAGUCGCCACCGGACCGAGUCAGAGUGCGAUGUGGCCCCGACUGUCAAAAGCUUAGCUCGGCUGUGCAGCAGGGACGAAGAGGAGCGAGCAGCGGCUCUGGAGGAGCUCAGCCAAGGGGUGCUGCUGUGUUUAGGACUGGACCAGCCCGGUUCGGCACGUCUGAGUGAACUAACACUGCUACACCUGCUUCGGUUGUCCCGGUCGUGCCCGCUGCAAGAGGUUCGGGGGAGAGCAACCGAGCUGCUGCGCACCGCACAGGAACAAGGUGUUGAAGUUCCCCGGGCUCUGGCAUCGGGCCCAAGCGCCUUCAUUCCUGCGAAAGAGAUUUUGAAAGAAGGUCCAGACCAGGACAUCCUCAUCGAAUCGUUCCUUUCAAUGGGUCGCGUGGACCACAUCACCAUGGUGAUGGCGCUGCACCCUGCAUACCUGAGCUGCUUUUUGAGGACCCAGCAUGCCUUGUUGGAGAUGGAUGGUCCCUUGCCCCGUCACUGGAGACAUUACAUUGUUGUUAUGGCCGCGGCGCGACACCACUGCUCGUACGCCGUGCAGCAGCACAGCGCCGGCUUCCUGGAGGCUGGGGGGGAGGAGAGCUGGCUGAGCGGACUCCAACACGCGCCCACAAAGCUCCGCAGCCUGAAGACACUCAACAAGCUGCUGGCACACAGACCCUGGCUCAUCACACAGAAGCAUGUACAGGAGCUGGUGUGUCCCGGAGCAGAUCCUCGCUGGUCAUUGGCAGAACUCAUACACGCCGUGGUGCUCAUGGCUCACGCUCACUCCCUCUGCUCCUUCGUGUGGGGCUGCGGCUUAAACCCUGAGCCCGACCACAUCGGAGGUUAUACCUUCCAGCUCCCCUCACCCAUUCACCCUGCUCACAGCCCACAGUGCCCCGCUCAUGAGGACGGCAGGCAAGAGAUUGUUGACGGAGCGAUGGAGGUGGAGGUGUUGAUGCAGAGGAUGGUGGAGCUGCAGCUGCAGGAGGAGGAGUGCACACAGGAGGAGAUGGUGACUCGCUUUGAGAGGGAGAGGAGCGAGAGCAUACCGACCGCGGUGGUGCGAGGAGCGCCACCGGACCUGGUGCUGCGUCUGGUGGAAGAUCAAGAGUUUAGAUACGAGGACUUUGCCCCCAGGGGAGAACAGUCACCAAACACCAUGAGAGCCCAGGAUUAUUCAUGGGAGGACCACGGCUUCUCUCUCGUCAACAGACUACUGCCAGACAUGGGUCAGCUCCUGGAUGAAAAAUUCCAGGUACAACCAACUUUAACCUUUUAGAAGCAAACUAAGAAAC